AUGAAUUUAUUUUACGACUGCAAUGUCCAAACUACCGCAACUGCGACCACUGCGCCGGCUACGACUGCUACUUCCAUUACCACUACUCCUGAAAUAACCACUACUACUGCUCCUACAACAACCACACCUACAACUGCUCCUACAACAACCACUACCACCACCACUACAACAGCCACUACCACCACACCCACUACCACUACUCCUGAAACAACCACUACCACUACUACUCCUAUAACAACCACUACCACCACACCCGCUACCACUACUACUGAAACAACUACUACUCCUACUCCUACAACCACCACUACCACCACACCUCCAACAACCAUUCCUACCACUACCACCACACCUCCAACAACCACUACCACCACACCUGCAACAACUACAACUGAAACAACCACUACCACUACUCCAACUACUCCUGAAACAACCACUACCACUACUACUGCUCCUACAACAACCACACCUACAACAGUUUGUCGAGAUAGAUCAAUAUUUUGCUAUUUGGUUGAAAUCCGAAGAACAACAUUAUGUCUCAGCCUCGGAACAAUUUGUCCUCGCUCAUGUCGCUUAUGUGGAUGAUAGAGAACAGCCGAGAAGAGUUAAAGAUUGUAUGAUUAUAAGGAUUA